AUGUCCGAACUUAAUGCAUUAUUGAAGGAUAUCAAUGGCUCACUCGCCGCCACAUCAGAAUCCUUGGAAAGAUUAUCAGAACUGCAUAGUAAUUCUAAGAUUGAUGAGAUUUCUGAAAGUAACGAACUACAUAAGCAUCUAUUUUCCGACGCUAGAAAGCCCACCGAGAAAGUGUCGUUGCUAUCUUUAAAGAAUGGAAGUAUGCUGGGGUACCUAAAUUCGCUCGUGAUGCUCAUAGGUAAUAGGUUAGAUGAAAAGUGCAAAGAUCCCUCGGCGACAGACGCACGUGAACGUUCUAUCCAACACCGUGUAGUGUUAGAACGUGGUGUCAAACCUUUGGAAAAAAAACUAUCUUACCAAUUAGACAAGUUAACUAGAGCUUUUGUAAAAAUGGAAAAGGAAUAUAAGGAUGCUGAGGGACGUGCGCUAGAAAAAUCCACCUUGUUGAGACACGGCGACGAUGACGAGGACAGCGGAGAUGAUGAUUCGAGUGAAGAAGAAAUGGCAUACAGACCAAAUACGUCUGGCAUUAUCAACACGAAUAAAAAAUCAUCGCAUAGAGUCGAAGAAGCGACUGCGGAAGGAAAUGAAGAAAACGAAGAAAACGAAGCUGGUGUAUAUAGACCGCCAAAAAUUACUGCUGUUCUACCACCACAACAAAUGCAUUUCGAGGACAGAUUUGAUGCCAGGGAACACAAGGAUCGUAGUAAUAAAUCACGUAUGCAAGCCAUGGAAGAGUACAUUAGAGAGUCAUCAGACCAACCUGAUUGGGGCGCAUCUAUUGGUGCAGACAUUGUAAACCAUGGGAGAGGUGGUAUUAAAUCUUCCAGAGACACAGAAAAGGAACGUAAAGUCACCUCAUUCGAAGAAGAUAACUUCACCCGUUUGAAUAUUACAAAUAAGGCCGAAAAAAGGAAGCAAAAGCAAAGAGAAAGAAAUGCAAGGUUGAAUGUUAUUGGAGGUGAAGAUUUUGGCAUAUUCAGUUCAAAGAGGAAGUUAGAAGAUAGUACUUCCAGACGUGGUGCCAAGAAGACCCGUUCUGCUUGGGAUAGAGCACAGAGGAGACUAUAG